CUUAUACCACUCCAAGCUCAACCAGUCUUCCUCCACAUCUCAUAGUACUCCACCAUCACUCGUUCUGCAAACUAGCUAGCUAGCUAGUAGUAUGGCAUCCACGAAGAACAUCCAGCAGCUGACGCUCUCGGAGGAGGCAGGCGCGUGCGCCUUACGGCUAGCGAGCAGCUGCGCUCUCCCCUUCACCCUCAAGGGCGCUAUCGAGCUGCGGCUACUCGACAUCAUCGUCGAGGCCGGCCCGGGCGCCAUGUUGAGCCCGGUUGAGAUCGUUGCCCGGCUGCCGACCGAGAACCCGCAGGCGGCCACGAUGGUGGACCGAAUGCUCCGCUUGCUCGCCGCCAACACUGUCGUCAGCUGCACCGUCCAAACUGGAGCCGAUGGCCGCCCAACGAGGAAGUACGGCGCAGCUCCAAUCUGCAAGUACCUGACCAAGAACGAGGAUGGUGUGUCCAUGGCUGCUUUGGCUUUGUUGCUGCAGGAUAAGAUCUUUGUUGAUACAUGGCACCAUUUGAAGGAUUCGGUCCUGGAGGGUGGCAUCCCUAUGAAGACUGCCCACGGGAUGUUCCUGUUCGAUUACACGAGUUCUGAUCCAAAGUUCAGCACGGUGUUCAACGAGGGCAUGAGGGGCCACUCCAGCAUCAUCAUCAAGAAUCUACUCCGUGUCUACAGUGGCUUCGACGACAUGGAGGGGCUCGUCGAUGUCGGUGGCAAUGACGGUGCAACCCUCCAAAUGAUCACCUCCAGGCACCCGCACAUCAAGGGCAUCAACUAUGACCUACCUCAUGUUAUCUCCGGUGCUCAACCCAUGCCAGGAGUAGAGCACAUCAGUGGAGACAUGUUUGAAGCUGUUCCGAGCGGAGAUGCCAUCUUUUUGAAGUGGGGCUUUAGCACCGGGUGGGCAUUUCGGACCAUUGAUAAUGCCCCCCCGUCACUCUCUGCUAGAGAUGUAGCAGUCGUGGAUCAUCUGAGGGGCAUCCUGUCCUCUUCUCGGGUAAUUAAGGAGAUGACCAAGGAGUGGAUGGUUGAAGCGGAGCUAAGCCCUACCACCAGGGAAAUUGUGGACCUGCGUUCGAUGAAGAAGAUGACCAGCGCCAAGGCUGUCAAGCUCCCGUCCUAA